AACCGGGAGUCAGACCAGGGCAUGCUCUGUAAUGUUUCUUCUGCUUCUUCUUCUUCCUCUGUCUGGUUAAAUAAUAUUCCCCUGCCUGUCCCCAUUGCUCCUCUGUCUGUCUGUCUGUCUGUCUGUUCUCCCGCCUGCUGAAAGCCUGCAACUUUUUGCAGAUCACAAGGCCCCAACACGAAACGAAGAGAAAGCGGGCCAACUGUGUAGCAAAAAUCCCCUGCCUUGACCGCCCUUUUCUCUGUAUAUCAAUCUUCCAUCCGUCGUAUCAGACUAGCGGGUGUGCGAAUGGCUCAACGGGAGGAAGGUGGGUGGCCGCUGGGCCUGCAGCCUCUCAGUGGAAGAGUCGGCGGUGGCCUGGUGGUGAGGAAUAGGAACAGGGAGAACUCAGGGUCGGUCUCCUUCAGCACUCUUCUCACUGGGUCUCCCAGCUCUUCCACCGACUUGUCUUCCGAUAUCGAUUCUGAGUCCACCGGUUCAUUCUUCCGGGACAGGAGCAUGACCCUCGGGAGCCUCAUGGGUGCCACAAGCAUCUUAGAGCUCUCCCGAAGAUCAUCGAGAUUCAGAGCAUCAGAAGCUUCCCUCAGAGAUAAGAAAAGCCACCAGCACCACAAGCACUCAAAGCCAUGGCUCCUCUCUCUCUGCUCGAGGCUGAGCACCGAUGCUGUGAGAAUCGACACUGCCCCAUCCCUUGGUUACUUCCUCGAGGCAGAACGCAGAGCUUCCAUAACUUACAGAAAGAACAAUAACCAACCGCCUGUUUCAGAUCCUAACCCUACCACUCCAAUUUCCUCUGAAGUUAACCAGACAGCUCCACAGACCGGCAGUGUUUCCUUGGUUGCUUACCCUCUAAGAAAACAUCAGACUGGACGGAUGACGGAGCAAGACAGUGGGUACGGAGUCCCAUUGCUACUGUCUUGUUUGAGAGGACAGAUCAUUGGCUGAUCUAACAUUUUCACUUCCCUGAUGUUCAUUCCAUUCUUUCUGGUUUCCGCUUUUUGGGAUUUUGGGAGAGAUUUGGGUGUUGCCUAACUUGAGGGUCAGAUUGAUAUCAUUUGGAAGUGGCUUUAUUUUUCUUUCGUAUCUUUACAUCGACCUUCUGGUGCACUGUUCGUAUGAAACACGAACUUAAGAGUUAUACCA